CGAUGAUGCUGCGCGAUGUUGCCACAUGAUGUUUUUUUUCUUGUAUCCGCUAAUAUUAACUACCUACACUUAAUUGUUACAGGUGCUAUUUUAGAAGCUCUCAAUGCACUUAUAAAAGCCGUGAAUACACUAACAGUAGAUGUCCGUAACCAACACCAGGUUAUUGACCGACUCAGAGUCUUACUAGAAAACUGCAAUAUUUGCAAUUCCGCUUCUAUAACCACUCAACCGACAUGCGGCACGCACCCCCCGCAAUGUUUCGCUCGCGUGCAAUGCCAAGACACACCUAACGGUCCCAGAUGCGGACCGUGUCCCUACGGAUUUGUCGGAAACGGAUACGAAUGCACGGCCGUUCGUACAUGCCGAGAUUAUCCCUGUUUCCACGACGUCCAGUGCAGGGAUACCGAUCACGGUUACGAAUGCGGUCCGUGUCCAGCAGGAUACGAGGGGGACGGAGAGCAUUGUGCUAAACGUAGCGGAUGCGAAUACAGCCCCUGUCAUCCAGGUGUACAGUGCAUUCCAAUAAACGCUCAUCCCUUUUACCGAUGUGAAGGCUGCCCGCCUGGAUUUACCGGCAAUGGAACAGCGUGUCGGGAUAUAGACGAGUGCGAUCUGGAAGAACCUUGUCAUCCAGAUGUCGAAUGCACAAACUUAAAUCCGGGCUAUCGUUGCGGACCUUGUCCGCCAGGGUACACCGGAAGCUCCGGAUUUUCAGGUAUUGGUCUCGAGGAAGCUCGGUUCAGACGACAAGACUGUCACGACAUUGACGAAUGCGCCGAGGGAAUCGCAAACUGCGUUCCUCACUCGUAUUGCCGAAACUUAGAGGGCUCUUACAGAUGCGAAGGGUGCGACCCGGGAUACAUGGGGAACCAAUCUAUGGGCUGCCAUACUGAACUGGGUCUUUGCCCCGAUGGAAGUCGUUGUCACCAACACGCCGAGUGCUACCAAAUCAUGUACGGACGGUACGGUUGUAAAUGCAAGAUUGGGUUUGCCGGUGAUGGCGUCGUCUGCGGGCCGGAUCAGGACUUAGACGGUUGGCCUGAUUUUACCUUGAACUGUCGAGAUCCGAGAUGCAAAAAGGACAAUUGUCCGGAUAAACCGAACUCUGGGCAAGAAGACGCAGACCGCGAUGGGUUAGGAGACGCCUGUGAUCCUGACGCUGACAACGAUGGAAUUCCAAAUCAUCCAGACAACUGCCCGUUAAUACCUAACCCGGAUCAAGCCGAUACAGAUAUUGGGGGCCCAGAUAAGCAAGGGGACGCGUGUGACAAUUGCCCGACCGUUCCAAACUACGACCAAUCUGACAUAGACGGUGAUAGUAAGGGAGAUGCGUGCGAUGACGAUAUGGAUGGCGAUGGAAUAUUGAACGGUAAAGAUAAUUGCCCCAGAAAGUCGAACUCUGACCAGACCGAUUCGGAUGGCGAUGGUCUUGGGGACGUUUGCGACAAUUGUCCGUAUCAUUACAACCAAAACCAGCAGGAUUCAGACAAUGACCUCGUCGGUGACGUGUGCGACAACGAUAGGGAUCAGGACGGAGAUGGAAUUAAUGAUGACGUUGAUAAUUGUCCGGUAAUUCCAAACAGCGACCAGCUCGAUACCGACUUGGACGGCGCUGGCGACGCAUGCGAUCCAGACGCUGAUGGCGAUGGUAUCAGAAACGACAAGGAUAAUUGUCCCCUAAUCCCGAAUCGGGGCCAGGAAGACAGCAAUCACAACGGCAUCGGAGAUAUAUGCGAGAAAAAUUUAGAUGGCGACCCAGUUGACGACCCAUUUGACAACUGUCCCAAUAACUCGCUUAUAUACGCCACCGACUUCAGCAAGUACCAAACAGUAGUGUUAGAUCCAGAAGGGGAAUCGCAGAUAGAUCCAAACUGGGUCAUUUAUAACAAAGGAGCCGAAAUCGUGCAAACCAUGAAUAGCGAUCCAGGGUUGGCCGUUGGCCACCACAGCUUUGGUGGGGUAGAUUUUGAGGGAACUUUCUUUAUUGAUACCGAAAUUGACGAUGAUUACGUCGGAUUCGUCUUUAGUUACCAAAGCAGUAAGCGGUUUUACACGGUAAUGUGGAAGAAGAACAAGCAAACGUAUUGGCAACCGACCCCAUUCCGUGCAGUCGCCGAACCCGGCAUCCAGCUGAAGCUGAUCGACUCUGUCACAGGUCCCGGUCAGUUACUAAGAAACUCCCUAUGGCACACUGGGGACACCAAAAACCAGGUGAAACUCUUGUGGAAAGACCCCAGAAAUGUCGGUUGGAGAGAAAAAACCUCCUACCGCUGGAUUUUAAUACACAGACCGAACAUUGGCCUCAUUCGUUUACGAAUUUAUGAAGGCGAACGACUGGUUGCCGAUUCGGGAAAUGUCUUCGAUACAACAUUGCAAGGCGGUAAAUUGGGCGUAUUCUCGUUUUCGCAAGAAAUGAUAAUUUGGUCUGACUUAGUUUACCGAUGUAACGACAACGUUCCAGAGGCGAUUUAUCGCGAACUUCCUCCCAAUCUGAGACAGAAGGUGCAUAUUGAUCACGGAACAAUUUAUUCAAAUCAGCUUGUAGUUGUAUAUGAUAAAAAAUAACAUGUAUUGUAGUUAUUACUUGCGUGCCAUAAACCAAAGCAUACGUUUACUUUCGUAAAUAACAAAGUUGUAAUAUUUCGCUGAAAUUCUGUUACUUAAUACCUGGUGUACUUAUUUAAGAACUAAUGAGUAAUACAUUUACCUUUCGCGCAACUGGAUUAUUAACCACCACUCCUAACGUUUAUACCCACACUAGAACUCAAAGAAUAAAUCCUUUGUAGUGUGU